AUGUGGAGCCCCGAGGAGCUCCUCGAGUUUGUCUCUGCAGGGGCGCUGCUGUGCCCUGGGGUACCUGAGUUCGGGUCUUCUGAGGAGGGAGGAAAGCCACGUUUAACUGCACGGGCGCUCCUGCGCGCUUUGUACGAGCGUUUUCAGGCGGAAAGGCGACGCACUCCCGCAGGAAUCCCGCAGCUUCCAUUACACAACACCGAGCCAGAGCACAGCCAAUGCCCCCGCACUGCGGACCCAGCCGCCGCGGCCAGGCGCAGGCGCAGCACGUCAGGCGCGCGCGGGAGCACCUUAACCAUCACUGGGGUCCAAGCUGAGGACGAGGCUGUCUAUUACUGUGGUGGCUACGACAGCAGCAGUGGUGGCUAUGGCACCUUAACCAUCACUGGGGUCCAAGCUGAGGACAAGGCUGUCUAUUACUGUGAUGGCUAUGACAGCAGCAGUGGUGGCUAUGGUUCCCUGGUCCAGGCAGCUCUGACUCAGCCACCCUCGGUGUCAGCAAACCCAGCACAAACCAUCCAGAUCUCCUGCUCUGGUACUGGAGGCAAUGCUGUUGGCUGGUACCAGCAGAAGGUCCCUGGCACUGCCCCUCUCACUGUCAUCUACUGGAGUGACCAAAGACCUUCAGGCAUCCCUUCAUGAUUCUCUGGAUCCCUGUCUGGCUCCACAGGCACCUUAACCAUCACUGGGGUCCAGCUGUCUAUUUCUGUGGCAUCUGGGAAAGCAGUGGCAGUGGCUAUGGUCAAACAGAGUCAUGGCCACCCUCUCUCCUCUCCCUCUCCAGGUUCCCUGGUCCAGGCAGCUCUGACUCAGCCACCCUCGGUGUCAGCAAACCCAGGACAAACCAUCCAGAUCUCCUGCUCUGGGAGCAGUGGCAACUACUAUGGCUGGUUCCAGCAGAAGGUCCCUGGCACUGCCCCUCUCACUGUGAUCUACACUAAUGACAAGAGACCCUCAGGCAUCCCUUCAUGAUUCUCUGGAUCCACAUCUGGCACCACAGGCACCUUAACCAUCACUGGGUUGCAGGCUGAGGAUGAGGCUGUCUAUUACUGUGGCAGCUGGGACAGCAGUGGCAGCAGCUAUGGUGUCUGGUGA